AUGGCGCUCGUGCCGCACGGUGGCGGCGGCGGCUCGUACUUGAUGCCGGUCCCGCCGCUGACCACGACGAGCUACACCUCCUGGGUGAUCAAGGUGGAGGUUCUCCUUGAUGCCCAGGGGUUGUGGGGGGUGGUUGCUCCGGCGGAGGGCGCAACGAUCGAUGCCGGCAAGAGCAAGAUGGCGCAGGCGAUGCUCCUCGGGGCACUGUCGGAGGAGGUGUUGCUGCCGGUGUCGACGAAGCCCACCGCGAAGGAGGUAUGCGAAUCCCUCAAGGUGCUCUUCGUCGGUGCCGAUCGGGUGCGCGCGGCCCGGCUCACGUCGCUACGCGGCGAGUUCGAGCGGCUGCGGAUGGCGGACGGCGACGAUCUGGACAGCUACGCCGGGAAGCUCGGGGCCAUGACGGCGCGCUAUGCAGGUCUGGGGGCGGUGCUCGACGAUGCGGCGUUCGGGAAGAAGAUGCUGGACACGGUGUCGGACCGCUUGUACCCCGCCGUCGCCGGAAUUGAACAGUUCUGUGACGUGGAAACGAUGGCACUCGAGGAGGCUUUGGGGCGGCUCAAGGCGUUCGAGGAACGGACCCGACAUCGUGGGCAGGAUGGCGACAGGCGCGACAACGAGGAGCUGUUGCCGACUGUGGCACACUUCGACCACGACGACGACGGCGCGGGCAGCACGGCAUCGGGCGGCGGAGGCAAGCGGCGCGGAUGCUGCUACAGCUGCGGCGAGCGCAACCACUUCAAGCGUGAAUGCCCAAAGCUGCAGAAGGCACCGGCGGCGGAGCGGGCACGGCUGGCGGACGUCGACGUCGAGGACGCCGACCUCCUCUGA